AAAAUCACAGGUUUGCCUUCACAUUGAAGAAUUCCUUCUGAACCGUGGAUCGAUUGUGCAGUUCCAUACGUCACUUUUGUACACACAGGUUUGCAAAAUGGUAGCCAUUAGGUUCAUCCUUUUCUUCUCAGGUGAUGAAGAACAGCAGUUUCUGGAAGCACGGCAUGUCAUCAUGCAGGAAAACCUGCAAAAGAGAAGUCAUUCUGAUGUAAGAAGAUUUUUAGCCAUGGAGGCUGAUGCUGAGCCAAACUGCUCCAGUGCUGUGAAAGUACACCUCUCCCUUCCCACCUUACACUCUAUAACAGUGGACUACAUAAAGUUUAUCCCAAUAUGCAGGCAAUACAAGGUGAAAUAAAAACACACCCACUUUAAUACUGACACAAGGCCAAGUAGACACGUGUUGUCUUUCCUGCCCACACGUUAUAUUUGUAGCUUGUGGUUGUAAACUAGAGGUUGCAUUGGGACUGGAAUCCUGCUGAACCCAACAGAAAAGUUGCAGGAGUGAGAGAUAUGAAGCUCACAGGACAAAGAACGUUCACUUGGGAGUAAAUGCUUUAUCCUUGUCAGGGUCUCUACAGUGUAAAAAUCUAUUAUAUUGUGGGAAAUAGACUAAAGUGAUUAGAAAAUAUUGUGGACAGGUUCAGAUAAAACAUUAACUGAGUAAGAGUAGGAUUGGUCAGAAUUCCUUCAAAAGUCAGCAGGAUUGGGAUAAAAACAAUUACAUAUAGUUCAAGAAGAAAAUCUCCUUCUACGACAUCACAUCACUGAAUCUGGAUUUAAUCUCCCUCCUCAGUUCUUUAAACACUUUAACAAGUUCAGUGCAGCUGAAAGUGCUGAUGUAGUGCUGCGUCAUUUCCCAUCACGACUAUCUGUAGACUACAUACAGCCUUUUUUACUGAGACUUUACAUCUCAUUACAGAUACUGGACCAAUCAAAUCAGUCCACAGCUUCAAACCAUCCAAUCAGGGGAGACUCUGAACCUGGUUUUCUACUGAACUCACAAGUUCAUUACCUCACUAUCACUUUGUCUGAACAGGAACGAUGAUCACACUCUUUGUCGCUCUUUCUCUCGUCAUAACUGUGAAAACUUCUGAUGUCAAGGAUCUUCAAGUUCAAAAAGUAAAGCGUGGAGAAAAUGUAACUAUAAAAUGUGACGACUUUAACGGUGACAAAAAUAAAUUAGUUUGGUUCAAACAGAGUUUUGGAAAAUUACCUCAGUUUAUUGUUAAACCGGUGGAGAAGACGAACAGAUACGGUGCAGGAUUUAAUGAUGGACGCUUCAGUACUAGUGUAGAUAAACUGUUUCAUCUCAACAUCAAAGAAAUCAAAGAAGAGGAUUCAGGAACCUAUUUCUGUGCAGAAGAGCUGAAUUCUUCACUAUACUUUGCAUCUGGAACCGUUUUGGUUGUUGAAGCUGAGGAGAUGAAACAACAUCCUCCGACUGUCACGGUGAUGGAGAACGGAGAGUCGCUCACACUCCAGUGUUCAGUACAAGCGUUUACUUCAAGCUGUGAAGGACAGAGUGUGUACUGGUUCAGACACGGCUCAGGAGAAUCUCAUCCAGGAAUCAUUUACACUCAUGGAGACGGCAGUGAUGAGUGUAAGAAGAGCUCUGAGGCUGGUUCUCCUACGCAGAGCUGUGUCUACACUCUCCCCAAGAGGAACCUCCCAACCUCUGAUAAUGGAACGUUCUACUGUGCUGUGGCUGCGUGUGGACAAAUCCUCUUUGGGAAUGGAACUAAAGUGAAAGUAAUUCAAAUAGAAGAAAAUAAUUGGAUUGAUUUUGUCUUAACAACCUCCAACAUAAUAUCUGUUAUUGUGAUCAUGGUUCUGGUUGGAGUUUUACUUAAAAAACAAAGAAAAGGGGCUUCCAGCGACCAUCCAGAUAACACAAAUCAGGCUGAUGAUGAAGAUGUCUUGAACUAUGCAGCUGUGAGUUUUGCUAAGAAACCUUCAUCCUCCAGAGCAUCCAGAGACAAGAGCCAUGAAGACGUUUAUGCACAAGUUAAAAUAAAAUAGAUAAAGUGACUUCAGAAUUGAAACACAAACAAAGUGUAAUUAUUUACUCGUUUUGGAGACGGCAGUGUCAUAUUUUAAUCAGACUAAAACUAGUGAGAUUUAUUGCUGUUAAUCGAGCUGUUUCCAUGGUGACUGCUAAAAUCAUGACUAUACUAGUUUGCUUUAGUUGAUUAAGACUGAAGCUUCUUUUUAUUUGUGAUCAAAAAGUUAUAUACUUACACGAUUACAGUCUUUGUAAUGCUGUCAUUGGUCUUUCAUUAACUUUGAUCAGAUCCUAUUUAAAUUAUAUCCUAUUAUAUAAUUCCAUUAUAUUCUGUUAUAUUGACUCUUUUUUUCUGUGUUGUAACAUGGGAGGUUUAAGGGGAUAAAUCUGUGUAUAAUGUAAUUACUGUAAAUGAGAUAAAACAUAUUUCCUAAAUUUCUAGUCAGUACAUCAGUAACUACAGUGCAGGUUUACGCAUUAUUUAUGUUUUUAUAAAUAUUAAGGACUUUUAAGUGAAAGAAGGCUGAAUAUAAAGAUGUGUGGUUACCGUUUUGAUUAUUUGACUGCUUAAUCUGAAAUUAAACUCCAGAUAGUAAAUUUUAAUACAGAUUAAAAAUGUGUAAUAAUGACUGAUUAAGUGCC